UGUGAUCCCUCUCAACUAAAUCUUUAGUUUGAUAAGGGUGACAUUUCUUGUAUCAUUAUUAUUAUCACCAUCAAUGCUUCUAUUUGUUUAAUCCUAUAAUCCUUUGUCAUCCGCUGACCUGAAGUUUUACGAGAACUGAUGAAUAAGGCAGGCAACUACCAAAAUCAAUUUGGCGAUUGACAGGAUUCCACAGUUUCAAUCCUGCAAUUUGGGAUGUCCUGAUGCUGGGCCACAGCAUUGUGGAUCCAUUCAUAUUGGCUCGGAGAAUUUUGAGGAUAUGGCUGCUGCUGCACAGGAUUCUGAAAAUGGAUUACCAUCUAGAAGACCUCUAAUUGAGAUGACUAUACCUUCUGUCUUUGACAAAACCAUUUGCCCCCCUGGAAAGCACGUUGUCGGUUUAUUUAUCCAGUACACGCCAUACAAGCCAUCAGAUGGAAGCUGGGAAGACCCUGCAUACAGAGACACAUUUGCACAGAGAUGCUUCAGCCAAAUAGACGAAUAUGCUCCUGGGUUCAGCUCAUCUGUUAUUAGUUAUGACAUGCUUACUCCACCAGAUCUUGAAAGAGAGAUUGGCUUGACAGGGGGGAACAUCUUCCACGGUUCAAUGGGAUUAGACUCUUUGUUUCUCAUGAGACCAGUGAAAGGAUGGUCAAAUUAUAGAACUCCCCUGCAAGGUUUAUAUUUGUGUGGCAGUGGGGCCCAUCCGGGCGGGGGCGUUAUGGGAGCCCCGGGGCGCAAUGCUGCCCAUGUGGUCAUUCAAGACUUGAAGAAAGGCAUGAACUGACUGGUGCCAUUCCAUGAAAUUCACCGGUUUGAGCAUUGAUGAUCGAUCGUUCAAUUGGUUUAUAUGGCUCAAGCUUCUUCAGGGUUCAGCGAUGCAUCAUUAUAGGGUAAGUGUUGAUAUGAAGGAUUAAUUAUUCCCCAAGCCCCCCCAUAAGUGAGUGGUGGCAUGGGGCGGGAUCUGUAUUUAUAUUUAAGUAUAUACAUCAUAAUAAUUCGUGCAAUGCAGUUGGGCUAUUCAAAUGAACAUGGAUUCUUGAAAUGAAUAUGGAGGAAGUAAUGGAACACAAUGCAUUAAAUAAUUACUCGUCAAAGAAAUUAAAUUAAAAAUGAAGUUGGUCAAGCAUCGUAACGCAAACCGGAAAGAUUCAAAUGGAACGGGGGAGCAUUCAUUUUAACAAUGAAAAAUAGUGCUCGGAAGAUGAUUCAUGCAUCUUCUUCAUACAUACUCCCGGUGCUGCUCUUGAAGUAGAUAAAAACGGGGUCAGCCGCGGCCUUGAACUCGAAUCGCCGGCCGGAGAUUCUACAAUGAGUGGUGAGGACAGUCCGCGUAACCAUUCCGACGCCGACGACAACCACUUCCCAAUGCUCCUCGCCGGAGAAGAAGAAGAAGAAGUAGCAGAGAAGGAAUCAAUGGUGCCUCUCCAACACCAACGCUACCAUCUCCAGUCCAUCGCCUCCGCCAUUCUCAUCCGACAGAUCCCUUCCCAAGGCCUCUCCUUCCAGCUCUGGCCCGCCGCCGCCGCACUCGUCAACCUCCUCGACGUCCGCCGUCACGCCCACCCUGCCCUCUCCGCCUUGCUCGCGCGUCGCGACGCAGGGACCCCCCUCCGCGCGCUCGAGCUCGGAUCCGGCACAGGCGCGGCCGGAAUCGCCGCGGCGGCGAUUCUCGGCGCCCGAGUUACCGUCACGGACCUCCCGCACGUCCUCCCCAACAUCCAAUUCAACGUCGACCUAAACCGGAAAGCGCUGGAAACCCACGGCGGCGCGGUGGACGUGGCGGCGCUGUCCUGGGGGGUGAUCGAGGACAUGGAAGCGAUGGGGAGAGGGAAGUACGAUCUGAUAAUGGGAUCUGAUGUGGUGUAUCACGACCAUCUCUAUGAACCGCUCCUGAAGACGCUGAGAUUCUUCCUGUCGGGAGAAGAGAGGACGGCGGCGUUCCUGAUGGCUCACCUGAGGAGAUGGAAGAAGGAAUCUGGGUUCUUCAAGAAGGCGAAGAAGGAUUUCGAUGUGGAAAUCAUACACAGAGAUCCGCCAUUGGAGGGAGCUCGGAUUGGCGUCGCCGUUUACCUUUUCGUCCCAAAAACUGGUCUCAAUUAAUUCCCCAAAAACAUAAAUGGGAUGGGAGAGAGAUCAGAAAUGGAACAAGUUUUCUGCUUUGUUCUUCGAUCUGUUUAUCAGUAUUUCACAGUUGAUCAAGUUUUUAUGAUUCAAAUGGAAAAACAAGAUUUUGUUACUGUAUAUCAACUCAUUUUGGUCAUACUCGUUUCAUAAAGCUUAAAUUGAUAG